GAAGGCAGUUGCUGGGACGCGGCUGGACUCGGGCAGAAACAGCCCUGCGAAGGAGCGGAGACUGGGGUUGCCCGCGGCGGAGGAGCGCGCACAGGCGGCGCCCGGCCGGCGCGGGCAGGUCUGGGUGUGGAGCGAAAGGGGCGGAUGGGCCGCUGGCCGCACCCAGCUCUCGGCUCGGCACGCGGGCCGGCUGGCGGCGGACUCCACGUGGGAACUUGGGGUCCGGAAGCAGCCCCGGAGGACUCGGCUGUAGACGGCGCGCGCGGCUCCCACGCUCGGGGCGCAGGGCGGGUGCGGCAGAGUUGGCCCGCGGUGCUUUCCUGCAGAGCGCCUCUCUACGACGCGGCGAUGCCCUCCCUGUGGAGAGAAAUCCUCCUGGAGACCCUACUGGGGUAUGUUUCUUGGUCUCUCUACCAUGGCCUGGGACCAAUGAUCUAUUACUUUCCUCUGCAAACACUAGAACUCACUGGGCUUGAAGGUUUUGGCAUAGCCUCUCUUUCUCCAGUACUCCUAACAAUGACUCCUUUCUGGAAGUUGGCCAACAAGAGGUGGAUGCUAACUCUGCUGCGGCUAAUUACUGUUGGCAGCAUAGCCUCCUUCGAGGCUCCAAGUGCUGAACUUCGACUGGCGGUCCUUGCACUUGGUGUGUCUUCCUCGCUGAUAGUGCAAACUGUGACUUGGUGGUCAGGAAGCGGUUUGCAGAGGUACCUGAGAAUCUGGGGAUUCAUUUUAGGACACAUUCUUCUUGUUGUUCUCCGCAUAUGGUACACUUCACUAAACCCAAUCUGGAGUUAUCAGAUGUCCAACAGAGUGAUACUCACGUUAAGUACCAUAGCCACACUUGAUCGCAUUUACACAGAUGGUGACUGCAGUAAAACAGAGGGAAAGAAGACUGAGGAGGCGGUCAAGGGGAUGGUCUCUAGACCUAAUUGGUUGUUAACAGGGGCUGCCUUUGGUAGCCUUCUGUUCCUCACUCACUGGAUUUUUGGAGAGGUCUCUCUUGUCUCCAGAUGGGCAGUGAGUGGGCAUCCACAUCCAGGGCCAGAUCCUAACCCGUUUGGAGGUGCAGUGCUGCUGGGCUUGGCGAGCGGAUUGAUGCUUUCCUUUUGUUCGUGGUUUCCUGGUAUCACUUUCAUCUGGUGGGUUACAGGGGUGGCUUCGGCUGUGGGUCUCCUUUACCUGCCCACGUGGGCAGCUGCUCUUUGCGGCUGUGUACUUGCCAUCUUCACGACAUCCAUAUGGCCUCAAGUGCUUGGACAUCUAAUCAGCUCAGGGACAAACCCUGGGAAGACCAUGACCAUUGCCAUGAUAUUUUAUCUUCUAGAAGUGUUUUUCUGUGCAUGGUGCACAGCUUUCAAGUUUGUCCCAGGAGGUGUCUAUGCUAGAGAAAGAUCUGAUAUGCUUCUGGGGGCAGUGAUGCUACUUAUUGGGCUGAAUAUGCUAAUUGGUCCUAAGAAAAGCCUUGAAUUUCUUCUUCAAACAAAGAACAGUUCUAAAGUUCUUUUCAGAAAGAGUGAAAAAUAUAUGAAACUUCUUUUGUGGCUGCUUGUUGGUGUGGGAUUGCUGGGACUAGGACUGCGGUAUAAAAUCUAUGAGAGGAAAUUGGGCAAAGGGGCACCAGUCCAAGAGAUCUCUGCUGCCAUUUGGCCUUUCAGGUUUGGAUACGACAAUGAAGGAUGGUCUAAUUUAGAAAGAUCAGCUCAACUGCUCAAUCAAACAGGUGCAGAUUUCAUAACAAUUUUGGAGAGUGAUGCUUCCAAGCCCUAUAUAGGGAACAAUGACUUAACUAUGUGGCUAGGGGAGAAGUUGGGUUUCUAUACUGACUUUGGUCCAAGCACAAGGGAUCACACAUGGGGGAUUAUGGUUUUGUCGAGAUACCCGAUAGUGAAAUCGGAGCAUCACCUUCUUCCAUCACCAGAGGGCGAGAUUGCACCAGCCAUAACGCUGACUGUCAACAUCACAGACAGACUGGUGGAUUUUGUGGUGACACACUUUGGGAAUCAAGAAGAUGACCUGGACAGGAAACUUCAAGCUAUUGCUGUUUCAAAACUACUAAAAAGUAGCUCUGAUCAAGUGAUAUUCCUGGGAUAUAUCACUUCAGCACCUGGUUCCAGAGAUUAUAUACAACUAAUUGAACAUGGUGAUGUGAAGGAUAUUGACAGCACAGAUCAUGACAGAUGGUGUGAAUACAUCAUGUAUCGAGGGCUGAUCAGAUUGGGUUAUGCAAGAAUCUCCCAUGCUGAACUGAGUGACUCUGAAAUUCAGAUGGCCAAAUUUAGGAUCCCUGAUGACCCCGUUAAUUAUAGAGACAACCAGAAAGUGGUCAUAGACCACAGGGAAGUUCCCGAGAAAAUUCAUUUCAAUCCCAGAUUUGGAUCUUACAAAGAAGGACACAAUUAUGAAAACAACCAUCAUUUUCAUAUGAGUACUCCCAAAUACUUUAUAUGAACUAUAUUUAAAGCAAGAAAUCAUUGACUGGGAAAAUCCAAGGAAAAAGUAUGUAAGAUAAGAGGAAGAAAUUAAAGAAAGUGGGAAAAUUCACAUGAAGAACUCAAUUUUUAAGAAAUAUGGUGUCUCUGCAGCGGGAAAUUCCAUCAAUUCAUAAAAUAUGUUGCUUAAUAUAAACAUUUCUCCUAAUGAUUUUUCUUAAGUAUUUUAUAAAGUAUAA